UAUUUAAAAUUAUUGAGUGUGAAUUUUUUUAAAUAAAAUUUUAUAAAACAUGUCGAACUUUAAUAUUGAAGAUUUAACAUCUGCUUUAGCAGAUACAAAAGUGAGUCAAAGUGGAGUGAGCUUUCAGGGUAGAUCUUUAAAACUAGAUACAGCAGAAAGUGCAAAAGAAAUUAUUGAUGCCAUUAAUAAUUGUUCAAAAUUAGAAUAUUUAAAUUUAGAAGGAAAUACAUUAGGAGUAGAGGCUGCUAAAGCAAUUGCAAAAGCAUUGGAAACACGAUCUGAAUUAAAACGAGCAUUAUGGAAAGAUAUGUUUACUGGACGAAUGAAAUCCGAAAUUCCACUUGCAUUGGAACAUCUUGGAAAAGCUUUAGUCACAGCCGGCGCACGAUUAACCGAACUAGAUUUAAGUGACAAUGCAUUUGGACCUAUUGGUGUGGAAGGUUUAGCAUCCUUGUUACGAAGUUCCUCUUGUUAUAAUUUACAAGAAUUACGCUUAAAUAAUAAUGGCCUAGGAAUUACUGGUGGAAAAUUAUUAGCAAAAGCUUUGAUGGAUUGUUAUAAUAAUAGUAAAACUUCCGGUUCACCACUUGCUUUGAAAGUCUUUAUCGCUGGACGAAAUCGACUUGAAAAUGACGGAGCUACUGCCUUAGCGGAAGUUUUUAAGACUAUUGGAACUUUGGAAGAAAUCGCAAUGCCUCAAAAUGGAAUAUACCAUGUUGGAAUCACUGCCUUAUCGGAUUCAUUUACACAUAAUAAAAAUUUACAAAUAUUAAAUUUAAAUGAUAACACAAUUGGGCCUAUUGGAUCUACAGCAAUUGCUAAAGUAUUACCACAAUUACAAAAUUUACGACAAAUUAAUUUUGGUGAUUGUUUAUUAAAAACACAAGGCGCCAUAUCGAUUGCAAACGCUUUAAAAAACGAGCACACGAAAUUAGAGAAUUUAACAUUGGAUUCGAAUGAAAUUCGUACAAAAGGAGGUGUUGCUUUGGCAAAAGCAAUGCAUAAUAAAACAAAUUUAAAAACGUUUAUUGUUGAUGCAAAUCAAUUUGGUGAGGAAGGGUGUGAAGAGCUACGAAAUGCCUUAAAAUCUUCGGGAAGAUCUUCAACAUUAGGUACUUUGGAUGAUGACGAAGAACCUGAUUCAGAGGAUGAUAGCGAUGAUGAAGAAAAUUGUAAAGAAGAGGAUGAAAAAAGUGACGAUGAAGAGCACAAUGCAAGCAAAAUUAGUUUGGAUACAUCAAUUAUAAAUGGUAAUGCAAAAUCGGAAAUACAAGAGCCAUCACAAAUACUCAAAGAAUUUUUGGAUAAAACAAGUGAAGAUGCAUUUUUAAAAUUAGGAAAUGAUCGGAAUUUAUUAAUUGUUAAUGAAAUAAAAAAACAUAUCAAUGAACCAUCCGAUGUAUUUAUAGAUAAUGCUCUACCAAUUUUAAUGAAAGUAGCAUCGUUAAGUAACAGUAAGAAUGCAGAAGUUGUAAAAUUCUCAUUAGAGUUGACACAUUCAAUCUUGGAAAUACUCUUUGGUUGGUGUACACAGCCAGAAAAAUUAUUAGUUCUAAACAAUGCGAUAAUUGUUCAUUUGGGUCUUUUAAAAGGUGAAGAUAAAAAAUUUAAAAUUACAUGGAACUUAAAUGGUUGUGCUUUGGCCUUGGAAUCUGCUGUGAAAAAGAAUUAUUUUCAUCCAUCUACGAAAGAAACAUUAAAAAUGUUUAUGCAAAGAUUUGAUAAUGUGAACACAGUGGAAAAAUCCACAAUCAAAAAAUUAGAAGCCGCUUUAUAAAAAACGCAU